AUGACCCCAGAAGAUACUCCAUGGCGGCCAGGCAUUCCUGACUGGGCGCAUACCCAGAAACGAAUAUCAGCAGAUUCUACGGAAGCAGUCUCUGUCGAGAUCAUUCCCCCGGCUGUGCAAUCACCCACGCCGACCUUUGUGGCUUCUCCAGGUACGUCUCUCUCUAACAUAGUUGACUACCGACAACCUACUCUGGUGGGUGUUGCAACUCCAGUUCCGACUCCAGUUCCAACUCUAGUUCCAACUCCAGUUCCAACUCCAAUUCCAACUCCAAUUCCAAUACCGUCAACUGCGUCCACUUCGUCGUCCCCUACUAUUCCACAAAGUGGCCAACAUGUAGGCCAAUCCGUGUCUGACUCCCAGCCCGUCACCACCUCCGAAAUUUCUCAGCAAUAG